AUGGUUAAGAUUGCUAUUAUUUAUUCAUCUAAUAACGGACAUACAGCCCGACUCGCCAAAGCAGUACUUGAAGGUGUCAAUAGGGUCGAGGGUGCUGAGGGUAAAUUGAUUACCUCAGAGGAGGCACUUGAGAGAACUGUGCUUGACGAUCUUUCAUCAAACUAUUCUGCAAUUAUCUUUGGCACACCGACUUUAAUGGGCUCUCCUUCGGCCAAAUUUAAAGAAUUUAUGGAGAUGACUUCUGGAGUUUUUUUUAAAAAGUUGUGGAAAAACAAAAUCGCAGUUAACACUUUAACUGAUUUGGCUGUAUUUGCGGCCCAACACGGCAUGGUAUGGGUCCCGGUCACCGUGACACCAACUUGGAACUUAUCUACUCAAAAGGAAGAAAACUCCCUCAAUGGCUGCGGGUUUUUUCUCGGUGUAGGUGCUCAAGCGAAUGUCGACCAAGACGGCAAUGCUGCUCCAGCCGAAUGGGAUUUGAAAACGGCUAUAGUUUACGGUGAAAGGAUGUCGGAAUUCGCAAAGAUCUAUGAGCCAGCAUACAAAGCAUUAAAGGCUCAAGAUAUAUAG